UUUUUUUUUUUUUUUUUUGCGUGGAAUCAAUAACCCAUGGCGGAUUCUGCACACAUCAGGCUGCCAUUGACUUUGGUUACCUCUGGCUACAAAGAGAGAAUAUCAGCGGGGAUGACCGAAGAAAAGCCCAAGAGGAAAGCUUUUUACCUGGUCAGAAUGAAACCUAUGAAUAGCAAGGAGCAUGUUAACAACAACGUGUCCUUCACGAUUCAUUGCAAUAUAGGCAAGGAGAUCAAGCACAUUUGCAGCAACUGCAGCCGUGGAAAUGAAGCGCAUGAUGCUGAGGAAGUAGAAAGACUGGCUGCAAUGCGUUCAGAGUCCCUUGUCCCCGGAACCCACACUCCCCCAAUAAGGAGGAGAAGCAAGUUUGCCACCCUAGGCCGGCUCUUUAAGCCAUGGAAAUGGAGGAAGAAGAAGAGUGAGAAGUUCAAGCAGACCUCUGCAGCACUAGAAAGAAAGAUAUCAAUGAGGCAAAGCAGGGACGAGCUGAUCAAGCGGGGCGUACUGAAAGAAAUAUUUGAAAAAGAUGGGGAGAUCCCAGUAAUAAAAGAAGACAGGGAGCUAGAGAAGGGGCAAUCACCGGUACCCAUUCCUCAUAUGUUAGAGUGUGAAGCAGGAGACCAUACAUAUGAGAUGAUUCCCAACACAGAGCGCAUGGAUGGAACAGUCUCUGAAGACUUCCAGACAUCUCUUGAGGCUGGAGUCUCCCCUCAGGAUCGUUCAGUGCAGCCUGUCUUGGUUUUGCCGCCUAAGAAGUCUGUUGGUUUCUCUGGUGACCAUCAGGACACCCCAUUGAAAAAAACACCUUUUCUCAAGCAGCCCCCUGCACUGCCUCCAAAGCCUCUUUCCAGGAUUCCAAACCAUUUAGCUGACUCAGGCCAGCCUAUCAAACUGCCCUGUAUGCCAGGAAAGCUGUCUCCUCCACUACCUCCAAAGAAGAUGAUGAUCUGUGUUCCACCCUGGGGCAUGGACCCCACCUUUAAUUCCUACUCACAGAAGUGCUCUCAACAGUCCCUGGCACAGCACCACCACUCCAUACUGCCGUCCCAGUUUGCUGCCCAUCAGCACCAGCUACAGUAUGGCGGGCCAAUUCCAAUCCAUCAGCCAGUAGCUCCAAGCAGGGUGAUAGAGGAACUCAACAAGACCUUAGCCUUGACGAUGCAGAGGCUAGAGAGCUCUGGUUUGCACGCAGGAAAAGGAAGUAUUGUUGACGGGAGGCAAGUGCCAACUGUGGUGAUAGAGUGUGACGAUGAUAAAGAAAAUGUGCCGAAUGAAUCUGACUACGAGGAUCUACCCAGCAUGUACAGGGACGAACAGGAUGAGGAUGCGGAUGACGACGAUGAUGACGACGACGCCUUCUUUACAAGCUCUCUGGCAUUGAAGGUGUGCAGGAAAGAUUCGCUGGCAAUCAAACUCUGCAAUCGGCCUUCCAAACGAGAACUGGAAGAGAUGAACAUCAUCCCCAUGCAGACUGAUGAGGAGAGGCUGGAGCUGAGGCAGCAAAUUGGGACCAAGCUAACACGGCGGUUAAGUCAGAGGCCAACUGCAGAAGAAUUGGAACAGAGAAAUAUUCUCAAACCAAGGAAUGAACAAGAGGAGCAGGAUGAAAGGCGAGAAAUCAAAAGAAGGUUAAGCCGAAAGCUGAGUCAGAGGCCUACAGUAGAGGAGCUGCGAGAAAAGAGGAUCCUGAUCCGCUUCAGUGACUAUGUGGAGCUGGCCGAUGCACAAGACUACGACAGGCGUGCAGACAAGCCAUGGACGCGGCUAACAGCAGCUGACAAAGCAGCUAUCCGGAAAGAGCUCAAUGAGUUCAAAAGUACUGAAAUGGAGGUGCAUGAGUCAAGUCGGCAUUUAACAAGGUUUCAUAGACCCUAGAAGUCUGCUAUAAGAAGAAAUGCCAUAUGGGCUUUUUAUUUUCACAAAGAACCUUAAGUGCUGGAAUUGUAAUAGGUGCCCAUGUCUACAAUAAGGCCAGACGUCUUUUGAAUUGCCUUUUUUUUUCUAAAUACAACCAGUAUAUCCUUUAACAUUAUGUAAAAAAAAAAGACUACUGUUGGUUCUGCCACAUUAAAACACAUACUAAUAUUCAGGAGUCCCUGACAGAAGCAGGGAACAGAUAAUGUGCCACAUCCAACAACGACUGGCUCUCUGCUGACUUCAUAAAUGUCUUGCUCCAUCAUAUUAAGUAUAUAUGUGAGUUUGUCUAAUCAAUCUUAUCAGCGCAAUGUUUGUGAAGCAAAACCUACCUUUCCUUGGAAGUGUCUGUAAGUCAUCAUGAGCUACAUGCUUCGCCCAGCUGUGUUUAGUAACAGACCAUUUGGCUCUUCACUGUCUUCCGUCAAAGGGUCAGAGCCUGUGUUUAAUUUAAGGAGGGAUGGCUGUGUCUUAAAACUGAGUAUCAUCACACAGCUCUCUUUUUUUCAAUGUCGCUAGAAGGAUUUCCAUGCACUGUUUCAAGUCUUAUCAUAGAUUCAAUGUUCCUUACUAACAUUGUUGGUGAAGUGGGAUUGGCUUGAAUUACACAAUUCAGAAGUAAUGAUAAUCAUAACGAUAUUAAUGCUAAUAACAAUAAUACUAAUAAUACCAUUUAUUGCUAACUGUGAAUUGAAAGUGCAGACAACUUGUUUGUUUGCCAGUGUUCCUGUAUAUUGUGUUCAUACUACUGUCCUGUAAAGUUAUCCUAACAAUUUAACAUAUUCUUGGAGGUCUUUGGAAGGAGAACACUGCGUGCUAUAUUUGAAACUAAGAUAAAGGAGAGUUCCCUAUUUAUUUAACUUUUACUCAUUUGUUUUACAGUUGGUUGUUUCAAAAUUACUUUUUUUAUUAAAAAUGUUGUUUGGUGUUCUUUUAAUGAAAAUAAACUCAAGCAAAGGUUUUAUGAAUAGAGCCCCCAGUUUGUGAAAAUGAUGUCAUUUUAUUUUAUUUAUUUUUUAUUUUUGUCUGUGUGGUGGGGGAGGUUUGGGUGUAGAAUGCCCUGCAAAAUUGAAGCAGGGCGAUACAUGUAUUUAUUACACUUGCACUAAGACACUAAGAUUUUGCUGAACAUGAAGUUAACAUUAGAAAACGAGCAAGACACUUAUGCUUUUCCUGAUCAUUUCUACAUUGGCACGAGGAUUGUUAUGUGGGAAAUUCCUGAAAAAUGUUAGCAUUAUUAAAAGAAAGGCAUUUCUAACGGUUGUAUUUAGACACUUGUUGCUGUAUGAGAGUGCUUGCUUAUUUUACAGCGUGACUGAAUGACAAGCAGGCUUCAAGAAAGGAGAAAGUGUGCCUGCAGCUAAAACAACCUUUACAAAAUGUAAAGCUGGUACCAAAAAGGUCUCUUUUUGAAUAGUGUGCAAAUAGUUAAAACUGAAUUUUUGUAAACAGUCACCAAGUGAGUGGUGCACUGGGGUAAAAGCUUAGUACAUCUGAUAGUUUUCUGAAAGUGUUCAGUUCAUGAAGAGAAAGGGUGUGAAAUGACAAGAACUUGGCAUACAUAUUUGAACAUAGACAAGUUUAUUCCCUGCACAUUCACAUAUGUAUUGUAUAAAAAAUUUGAAAAGUAUAUAUAUAUAUAUUUACCACUGAAAAAAAAAAAUCAAGAUUUUGAAAUAAAUUUUUCUGUCAUGUAAAAUUUAUUGUGGCCAUCACAAUCUUUUAAAUUUUUGCAAAGUUGUAGUUACUUUUCUUUUUGCUUAAUUACAAAGCAUAGCCUAAUGAACUAUUUAAAAUGCCCCAGAAAAAAUAUAAACAGAGAACCAAAUGAACUGCCAUCGUCACUCGAUUAAGGGACACUAUUUGAGCAAUAACAAGUGAAUUUCUUUUUUGUGCUUGUAUGUGGUGCUGGUGGAUGGAGUGGGUCAUUUAACUGUCUUAAAAUGUGUAAUGACUUGUUAAAUUAAUGCCAGUUAUAAGCUUAGAAGGUACAGAUCCCAAAGGCACUGUUGCUCGUUGAAGGAUCAUUCAAAAGGUACAGUAAAAAGGUAAUUGCACCCAGGAUUCCUGCUUCAGUUAGAAAUGUACAAUAUAUUAUUGGGUAAGUUGUUAAAAAGAAUUGAGAAAACACUAUUGGUUUGGGUGUUCUGAAGAAUUCUAUUUGACUAAAAGAUCUGGAAACACCAAGUACAGUCAUU